GUGGGGCGCGACUGUGUUGCGGUCUUGUUGGAGGGAAUGAGGGCUUCUUCGUUCUCGCUAGCCUCUCCUCUUCCCCUGGUGCUGCGCUGCCUAGCCGGCUUGUCUCUCAGCUUUUCCCAGCUGCUCACCGCCGCCCUUUCCUCUCCGGAGCUGCCUCUAAACUUCAGUACCGUCGCAUUGCUUCAGCUCGCCUGUGCUUCAUCUGCUGAAGACAUCGCCGUUGCGCUGUGCCGCAACACCCUUACCCUCAACUGCCUCCGGGGGCCCCCAGGGGCCCCCUCAAGGGGGCUCUUGCGGCCGGGGACACUUGCGCAGCUUCUGCUGCUCAAGAAGGGCCCUCCCCACUUGAAGGCCCAGCUGGUGCUUAGUUACUACAUCCUUUGUAUCGACUUGGAGCAGCAGCAGACUCAGCGGCUGUUGGCUGCAGCAGCAAAUGGCGGUGCAGUGGCUUCACUGCAGCACUUUGCUGAAGAAGCUGCUGCGGUUUCUAACGCCCUGCAGUCCCUUUUCCACGAAUGCUCACAAGGGCCUCCAGGGGUCCCUGCUGCUUCCGCAGGGUCCCCUGCUCUCUACGUGGGGGCAACUUCUGCUUCCUUAGGGCUGCCUUCUGCCUCAUCGGGGGCUCCUUCUGCUUCGGUUGGUGAGGGGGAAGGAGAAGGGGUGGGUAUCUCCUUUGAUUGCUGCGGUUUGCGGUGGGGACCGUUUGCUGUUGCAGAGAUGUUGGGGCUGCUUGAUCUGCGGCAAGCGCCUGCAGCAGCAGCAAAGCUGUUGCACCGGAGUUUGCCGCGGGCCCUGCUGCUGAUGCUGCUGUGUUGCAGCUCGCAGCCAGCAGCAGAGGAGCAGACGGCAUUCACAGAAACCUGCGGUCUCAUUUUGGGAGACUGCAUGCAGCAGCAGGACCAGCAAGCAGAGCUGGUUCAGCGCUUGGGUGCCUUGAUAUCCACUCAGCUCUUUGGGGGGCCCCAACAGCAGCCCUGGCAGCAGCAGCAGCGGGAUAGUUUUCCAGCAUCCACUGCAGAAGAAGUGCAUGCAAUUCUGAGAGCUCUUAUUCCGCAGGCCUUGGCUGUCUCCCCUUGUCUGUCUCUGAGGGGCCCCAACAGUUUGCUGUUUCGAUUCAUAUUCAACGGCUUCUUGCAUUCUUGGCAGGCCUGGGGUCUCCAGUCGAAGCAGCCCCAGCAGCAACAGCAGGAAGAACAGGAGACGGAUGCGGUGAUGGAGGUUCUGAGUGCGCAGACAAACUACGCGCGGUCCUCUCUAUUGCAGCUGUUGUCUCCGUUGCUCUCUGAAAGCAGCGCCUGUGUCUCUCAUCAGCAGCAGUUGCAGCAGCGCGAUACAGCAGAGCUGCUGGGAUUGCAAUGCUGGCUAUUCGUGUGUGAGUGUGGGUUGCACGCAUUUGCUGCUGCGCUGAAUUGGGGUGCUAAAGAAGCGUUGAAGCAGCAGGUGCAGCAGGAUGGAGGCUGCUUCUUCAGCCUGCCUUACGCUGCGCUGCAGCGGUGGCAGCACCUCGUCGCUGCUGCUGCUGCCUUCCUUGAGAGCAACACAAACCCCCCAAACCCCCUUGCUGCUGCAACUCUCUCCUCUUUGCUUGACUACCCGGAGGUGUUGACAGCUCUGCAGCAGUACUCCUUUCCCUCUGCCGCUGUGGCUGCUGCUGCUGCUACUUCCGUUUUAACCGAGGGCGAAGCUGCUGCAGUACAAAGGGAAAGCUGCAGCAGCAGCUGCGUCGCCAUCAUGCUGCUGUACACUAUAGCCAAGGUUUCUGCGGCUGUUGCGGUUGCUCCCCAUUUUGCCUGUGUUAUUGCUGGUGUACCCUGA